ACACUACACCCUUGGACGACCCAUCCCCACCAUGUCACCUGCUGCUUGAUGCUAGACCCUCCUGUCGAAUUCACAUGUCAGAUGGGUUAACUGGCUCUCCUAAAUCACACUUGGCAGCCGGUGAUUCAGCCCAAGAUGCCUUCAUUUCGCGGCAUAGACAUUUCCAUCCUCGCACCGUCAGAGGUCGGCAAGCUGCCUGAGUAUCUUCAUCCCGAGGGGGCUUCCGUCCAGCUGGGCACCUGCAAAGACAACAAUGAGGAUCCAUCUCGAGUACGAAAGAUUAACCCAAGGGUUUCAGUGUACAUUCCCUCCGUGCCAGGUGCCCAGUUCUGUAUCAACUACGUUGUAGAACGGGAGCCGAUACCCCCAGGUCACCUUUUCUUCAAAUUGUUCAUGGAUGGAAGACACAUCACCUCAUGGGGCAUCAACCCCAAGGUCAAGGCCAAAGGCAGAGUCGAGAAGGCACUAUACGAGCCCAGCGAUCGGUGGAACCAUGAAGAGGGCGGGACGACAAUAAAGCCCGAGGGAAUUGAGGCCAGGUACUUCCACUUCACGGGAGACCAGCAGAAGAAGUCUGUGGCCGAGGACGGUGGUCUCAUUGAGAUUCUGGUCUUCCGGGCCAGAGGCCGAAAGAGGAGGGCUGCUCAGCUGGACCGGUACAGGCAUCAGGAUAAAUACGGAAUUGCCACACCCAGCGGUGGGUUACUAGACAAUCCACAAGACGUCGCUUUCUUCGACUUCCACCUCAUCGACCCCAAAGACGAGCCCUUUGCGAGCUUUCGGUUCCAUUACCGUUCCCUGGAAAACCUGCGUCAGCUGAACCUGAUCCCUACCGACGAAUCGAGCAUCUUCGAUACAUUCUCUACCAGCACAUUUACGGACAGCAUCGAUGAGGAUCCAAUUCAAAAGGACCCGAGUCCAUAUCCAGGCUCACGACCUGUACCUGACGAGUCGGUCUUUGAUGAUGACAGCAGUUCUGGUGAUGAUCAGCUGAGUCGGACUCGGCUUGGCAAGCCGCGGGCAGAAAAGGUAUUCGUCCUCAGGACUCCUCCGCAGUUGCGACCAGGCUCAGGAACCAGCCAUAACCUGCCUCAGCCUAGCAAAUCUCUUAGGGACGGUUCUACGGAGGGGAUUCCGGACUCCUAUCUUCAACGGCCCUUACCUGAUCGUCCACUUCCCGACCUGCCCGUCGGCGUACCGUCGCGAAAGACAUCCACUGUUUCGAUCGCAACCUCACUUCUGAGCUACGUCAAAGACAGCUCGUUCCUGGACGAAUCUGUCGAGUACGGCCAUGCCCAGGAGGUCACCGUGCACAAGGCCAAGGCAGAUGCCUUGCCCACUCAACAUUACCAACAUGACCUAGACGACCUACCGGUAUCCGACUAUGAGAACUAUUUGUCGUCGGAUGAUGACUCAAAAGUCAAGCAGUCCCAACCAGCCUCUCUGGGCAAGCACAUAGUUGGCAGUGGACAUGUACUGCCCAACCACACGGAUCUCCUAGACAGCAAAGAUGGCUCACCACCUGAGGAAGACUCCAAGGCUGCCGGUCUGCAGGCUAGCAAGCCCGUUGUGAACAUCGGGGACAGAUGCAUCGAUUUUUCAAAAUUUCCGCACCUUCAGCUGGACGAGUUCGACUGGAUUCGCCGGUCGCCUUCUCCGAAGGCCUCGCCCCGCCGGGUGCUGAGCCCGAGGCUUGGUCGGCUCUGGGAUACGCUGCGCCGCAACCGGUCUCGCUCACCACUCAGACAGCCUCUGCGCGAGGCACCGAGUCGCAACUUGUCAACACCUCAACUUCCUGGCCAAGACGGAAACGAGAAGUAUGGCAAUUGGAUCUAGUGUGGUUCAAACCUGCAAGAGUCGGAAGGAGACGAGGGGAAGCCCCGGAGCGUGACCGUUCCUCAACAUAGUAGUUGCGCGAAAUAUCUCCGACCGUCAUCGCGGGUGAGGGAACACUGUACAAUGCGAAGCAGACGCUAGUUUCUUGUCCAAUCGAGGUUAGAAAACUUUGCAACAAGAAUAAAAGGGACUCUGUGAUUGCA